CCUCAAACUCACCGAAACGCAACAGAGGUAUAGUACCUACGACCGUGAGCUACUCGCAGUGUAUCUGUCCAUCAAGUACUUUCGUGGAAUGCUGGAAGGUAGGCCCUUCGAGGUUCGCACGGACCACAAGCCGUUAAUAUACGCUUUUAGACAAAAGUACGACCGAGCCUCACCGCGAAAGUUAGACUUCAUCAGUCAAUUCACGACGAAUAUCACGCACGUCGCCGGCAUCGAGAACACGAUAGCACGAUACCACGAGAACACGAUAUUCAGCGAAUUGUCACGAACACUCGGCAUUACCCACCUGCGCACCACAUCAUACCAUCCGCAAGCGAAUAGCAUCAUAGAGCUCUUGCUGGGACUGCGUACAGCCUUCAAACUCGACAUAGGUACAACAGCCGCACAACUUGUCUACGGCACCACCUUACGGUUGCCCGGACAGUUUUUCACCGAAACCAAAACCCCGCGUCCGCAAUCCGAAUUCGUGAAACAGCUCACCGAUAUCAUGGAAGAGAUACGCCCGAUUCAAAACGCAAACCACGAUACCUCGAAGAAAUUCGUUUCAAGCAAACUGAUGGAUGCAUCAUAUGUCUUCGUGCGCAAUGAUAAACUCCGGCCGGCGUUUCAACCACCAUAUGACGGUCCAUACCAGGUAGUUUCCAAAAACCAAAAAUAUUUUAACAUUAAGAUGAGCAAGAACGAACAACGUCAACGUAUCGAUAGACCGACUGAAGCCGGUAUUUAUUGA